GUAGUGGGGAGGUGAUCAUACUCAGUGCAUGGCCACUCUAUAAGAUGCUCAUUUGCUUUUGCUUCGCUCUUUCUGACUGAUUGAAACUUAACACCAGAGGUAACUGUUCUCUCUCUGUCAAGAUUUAUUUUGGUUAAGACACGUUUUGCUUUCUGUGACUGCUCUUUGGGGAGGUGGUCGUUUAUGUGAAGGAUUUCCACAUUUCUCAUAUCUGGAAGUGGAAUUUGUUUCUUCCACUACUUUUUGUCUUGUCUUGUCUGCAGACAAGACAACCUGAGGAGUCAUACUGUACAACCCACACUAGUGCUUGAUCUUGCUCUGGGAAAUCUCUCUGUGUCUCUCGUUGUGUGCCGGGACCCCUGGUGCGUGGACCUCGCUCAGGUACUACUUGACUACCUCUUGGAGGAUCCUUUUUCAGUUCCUUAUAUUCUCUUAUCGGAGAGAUCAUGGCUGAGGGUGGUGUCCCGUACCCCUCCGUGUUCAUGGUGGAUAGCCAUGCAGCCUACCCACCGCUGCCCCCCAAACCGAGACCUCCUGGUCGGGGUGGUGUGGCCCAAAGCCUGCUGUUCUUGCUGGUUGGUCUGGCUUUGUGUGGCUUGGCCAUAGAGGCCUGCUUCAUCUACCACCUCUACUCCAAACAGGGAUCUGCGGAGUCAGGGUCAGCUAGUAUGAGUAUCCAAGACCAUGAGGAAUUUCCGAAGGAGGUUCCCCCAACUUCAAGACCAAACCCUAUUGUGUUGCCUUCAAAACCUGUUGCACAUUUGACAGCUGGACCUCAAGCACCCCAUGGAGAUGGAGUCAUGGUAUGGAACAUGCAGGCAGAACCAAUCCUCCAUGAAAUGGAGUACAGAGCUGGGAAGCUUGUCAUCCAGAAGGAAGGCUACUACUACGUCUACUCUAAGAUCUUCUACAGUGAGGUCGAUGUUGCGUUCACACACUCGGUCUGCAGAACUACUCCACGGUACCUUGGGAAGGACAUUGAACUCCUUAAGUCCAGGAGAUAUCACCCCAAGUUUGGGAAAAUGAUGUCCACAUCAAACAGCUACCUGGGAGGGGUGUUCCACCUCUUUGAAGAUGACUCCCUCUUUGUCAAAGUGAAAAAUGUCACUCAAGUUCGGAUACAAUAUUCCACAGAGAACGUGUUUGGUAUCUAUAUGAUAUAAUACGGGUUGAUGAUGAAGAUACUUUUUUUUAGAUAGCUGGCUGAUUAUCAUUGGUUUUAAGGCAUAAUAAUACUGUAGGCCAAUUUACACCCUCAUUUUCUUUAAACAAAUCCUUGCAUCAAGAUGCAUUUCGAUGAGUGGAAAAUGUACUGUUGAAGAAAAAGCCCCUUUAUAAUAAAGCCAUAAUAACGUUUGCCAUGUGGCAUACACUAGGCUACAGAUGAGCAGAGGCAUUUUUAGGAUUUCCACACAUGGGGAUUUUUUUUAGCAGGGUCGUAAAAGAAUCCGCCUUUUAAAAAAUGCAUGUCAUGCAGUUCUACGUCAUUUACAUACAUACCCAAAGACAUUAGUUGAAUCUUUUAAUUACCACACAACUGACUGAAAUGGCUGGCUACUCUGACACUGACCAACUGAGAUCAAUCUGGUCUUGAAUUCAAACAAACAAUAGCCCAGGCCAAUGAAGCGACACACAAUAUUCAAUAUUCAG